GUCAACUCGUUCUCUUUUUGUUUCUCCGUUUCUAGAUUUUCUCCUUUGUAAGAAGACAACACGAAUUUGUUGUGAAAGUGAAAACGUAGAUCAUUGGAUUUUCUCUCUAGGGUUGUAUUCUGAUCUACGUGUGUGUGUGUGUUUUUAUGGUGAUUGUGGAUUUGGAAGAAUCUGUGCCAUGAAUGUUAACAAUGGAGGAAAUGUUCCGAUUGGGGAAUGUAAGGCGACUUUAGUUUACAUGUCCGGUUACUUACCAGGAGCUGCGCCGGAGAAAUCCCCUAUUCUCUCUCCUGUUCCCGUGCGUUUACCGGCCGCUGUUCACGGUGGAGAUUCGUGGAAAGAUGUAUGCGGCGGCGGUUGUGGAUUCGCUAUGGCUAUUUCAGAGAAGGGGAAGCUUAUAACUUGGGGUUCUACUGAUGAUGAAGGACAAAGCUAUGUGGCUUCUGGAAAGCAUGGGGAAACUCCAGAGCCGUUUCUUCUUCCCACGGAUGCUCCAGUCGUUCAGGCUUCUUCAGGAUGGGCACAUUGUGCGGUUGUAACAGAGGCUGGUGAAGCAUUUACCUGGGGUUGGAAAGAAUGCAUUCCAUCAAAGGAUCCUGUUGGAAAGCAUCAGAGUGGCUCGAGUGAGCAAGUGAUUCCAUCAUCACAAGGUUCAAAUACAGCCAGUGGUAUGACACUGCAUAAUGAGAAUCGAAAGGUAGGGGAGGAAUUGGUGAAGCGGAGGCGGGUUUCAACUGCAAAAGAUGAAGCUGAAGGCGUUUCACAUGGAGAGGACUUCUUUGCUACAACACCUUCACUUGUGAGUGUUGGCCUUGGAGUGAGGAUCACCAGUGUUGCUACUGGUGGUCGGCAUACUCUGGCAUUGUCAGAUAUAGGACAGAUUUGGGGUUGGGGAUAUGGAGGCGAAGGGCAACUAGGAUUGGGUUCCCGGAUUAAAAUGGUGUCCUCUCCUCAUCUAAUACCUUGCUUUGAAUCAACUGGAUCUGGCAGAGAAAAAUCUUUCAUAUUGCAUCAAGGAAUAACAACCACGUCUACUCAAGUUUCAAGAGAACCUGGUCGGCAUAUAAAGGCUAUUUCUUGUGGAGGUCGUCAUAGCGCGGCAGUUACAGAUACUGGUGGGUUAAUAACUUUUGGCUGGGGACUCUAUGGACAGUGUGGCCAAGGAAACACGAAUGAUCAGUUAAGGCCCAUGGCUGUGUCAUCAGUGCAGAGCAUACGGAUGGAAAGCGUAGCAGCUGGAUUGUGGCACACUGUAUGUAUCUCAAGUGAUGGUAAAGUGUAUGCCUUUGGUGGAAACCAAUUUGGUCAACUGGGAACUGGCACUGAUCAUGCUGAGGUUAUACCGAAGUUGCUGGAUGGCCAGAAUUUGGAGGGCAAACAUGCAAAAGCAGUUAGUUGCGGUGCGCGGCAUAGUGCGAUUUUGGCAGAAGAUGGUCGGUUGUUAUGUUGGGGAUGGAACAAAUACGGGCAGCUAGGCCUAGGGGACACGAUUGACCGAGACAUCCCUACACAAGUCCAGCUGGAUGGCUGCAGACUGAGGAAAGUGGCAUGUGGAUGGUGGCAUACAUUACUACUAGCUGACUUACCCACUUGAGAUUUCCCAACCAGGCACCAGAUCCUCAAAACCAACACUUUCGUGUUUUCGCCUUGUGAAAGAGAUGCCUACAUGACAGAAGCUGUACAUACAUGCUUUUUGCUAUAUGUAUUUUCUUCUUCAAUAUUUCCGUGUCUUCGUACUUUGAUUUUGUAUUGUGUAACAUGGGAAAAUUGCAGAACAGGAGAAUAAAACUGUUUGGUAUGAAAGGAUCUUUAGGUUUCUUUAGAAUGGGUGUAAAAACAGUUGGAUAUUUAGAUUGGCAAAGAACGAGAAGUCGAUGUUCUGCUCUGUACAGUCUUUUAAUCA